UCGCGGCCGCUCGGCUCCGGGUCACUCAGCGCUGAAUGGGCUAAACAUGGCGGACACUCUCGAACCCACUCCGGCUCGCACUCUCUCUCUGUCCGCUGCAGGAGCAGUGUGUUAUAAAGUUCCCGGAGGAGUGUGUGUGCAAACACAGGCGUCAGAUGAGAGAGCGUGAAGCGCUGAAGAUGAACGGCGCGCGCGCAGGUGCAGGGGUCCCGAGUCCUUCAUCCCCGUCCCGGCCCUCAGAGCAUGUGCUGAACUCUGGUGCGGUCGUGUUCCCCGGUGUGUUUGACCAGCACGGCUGUCCUCUGGUCCUGUUCCCCGCUGAGGCGCAGUGUAAACUCACCGAGGAGCUGAGCAGAGAGGAGGUGUCUCACUUCAUACACUACUGUCUGCGCCUGCACAGUAUCCGGGGUGAGGGCGGCCUGCUGUCUGUGGCGGUGGACCUGAGACGAGCUGAUCUCCCCAUCACACGCUUCAUCACGGACACUCUUCUGCUGAUGGAGUGUGAGCGGAGGAUCAUCCACUCGGUGUACAUCGUUCAGCCCAAGAAGAGAGAAGUGCAGAAGCAGCUGGUGAAACUGCUGAGCUCCCGCGGGUCCAAGCGGCGCCGGCCCGUCCUCUUCAGACACAUCUUCCUCAAAGAAGUGUUCGAGCUGUCCAACUACAUCGACAGAAGCCAGUUACCGUCCAGUCUGGGUGGAUACCUCAUAUACUGCCAUCAGAGCUGGGCCGCCUUCGUCAAGGUGAUGGAUGCGUUUGUGCAGGAGUUCCUGCUGGUGGUGAACAGACUGCCCUCCUGCAUCUCCACUCUUCAGUCGCUCUCUCAGCUCCCCGUUCCUGAUGACCUCCAGCGGCUGCGGGACUUCUGCUCGCUCAACCAGGCCCGUUUCCAGCAGCUGAGGAGGGAUCUCGGUUUGGAUGACCUGUUGAAGCACUGUGAGUGUUUGCUGGAGAAGCUGCGUUUCCCGGAGAGCGACCCCUGCUUUCAGGCCAUGGCUGGAACAGUCCUCUACACACACACCGCUCUGGAGAUGCUGCGCAACUAUAACCGGAUCAGGUCAGCGGUGCAGAAGGUGGAGCUGCUGUGGACUCGGGUGUUCUCCAGAGCUCAGGUCCAGCUACAGAUGCUGCGUCUGCAGAGAGAGGCUCGACAGAUCCAGGAGCAGAUGGUGGCGCUGCACCGGCAGAAGCUGCAGGCGUACAGGACUGAAGUGGCUGAAGACACACACGGGGCCGAGGAGCAACUGCUGACCUUUGAGGCGUCCGUCUACACUCACGCCAUGGCGCUGGUCCGGCGCGCGGAUGACGUCAUGCACACGCUGGCGGAGACGGUCCCCGAGGCGGAGCGGACGCCUGCGCUGCCGUGGCUGCAGGACCUGGAGAAGCUGAAGCAGAACCUGUGCUCUGCGGCCCGGCGUCUGGACCUGACCCUGAGGAGCGCCGUGGACUUCCAUCACGCCCGCGACCGAUGCAAGAGCUGGUGCGAGCGAGUGCUGUGCGCGGGCCUCCUGCAGGAGCUGCUGUGGAGUGAGCACUGCGGGGGUCCGGCCGAGGGCGGCUCGAGGAGACCGGGAGUCCAGGCCUUCCUCAGGAGAGACCCCGGCCCAGAGGAGCAGGAGCUGCUGACGCUGACACGCCUCGCACACAACAUGAGCCAACCCAGCCUUCAGCAGGACGGCACGCAGCUCUCACACAGAUGCAUGACCCUGAGGAGACUCCUGACCUCCACGGGUGCGGUUCCCCUUCAUGACCUUCACCUCGCCCUCCAGUGGCAGUACGAGUACCUGAAGGGUCACCACAGGAGCUCUGACAUCACUUCCCCCGAGGACCAGCAGCACACCUGCAGUCCGGCUGCAGACUCGGGCCUCGUGCGGCCGGCGCUCGUGGUGUCCCGCUGGCCCUCGGUGGAGGCCUCGCCAGCCGCAGCCAAACCGCCCUCGCUCAGCUCCUUCGACUCCGGCUUCGACGGGGCAGGAAACGCUCACCUGCAUCACCCGAGCAGGAGGGAGAAUCUCCCAAGGUUUCUGGGAAACGGAGACUCUGCGUUCACGUCGAAGCAGGUUCACGAGGACAUUGUGAGCGUGUCCGACUCCGAGGAGCAAGAAGAACGAGGGUUCGGGUUACAGCGGGCCAGCAUUCAGAUCGUCCCCAAAAUAACCUCCGACUCCGUGAACCUGGAGAUCAAAGUGAAGCGCUCGUCCACGCUACCCAGAAACCCCUGGCUGAGCCUCCCGAUAGAUGACCUGGAGAGCUCCUACACGGUGACCAUUACGCCCGGCUCCUCUCUCCCGCGGAGUCCGACGCAGACGCAGCCGAGCUUCGAGGAGUCAGAGCUGACCCCUGUGGGGAAUGUCCUGUCCAGCACACUGACGGACAGUGAGGAGAAGCCCAGCUGCAGUGUGGACGGGGAUCCUUCGCUCCAGUGGGACUCCUUCGACCUGCACAACCUCAGGCGGGACUCUCUUGAGCGGGUGGACGUGUCUCUGGGCGACUGGGCUGAGCGAGAGCAGCAAGAGCUGAAGGAGGUGGAGACGACGUUAGAGCGAACCGCUGAGAUCUUACAGGAGGAAGAGGAUGUGCUUGCACAGGAGGUGGUCCUGGAUGAGCUGUUGCGGUCCGAGGAUCUGCACAAACACUGGCCCGAGUGGACCGAAGCACGCCAGCACAGUGCGAUGUCCCCACAAGAUCUGGUGGAGUCUGGCGUGAUUGGAUUGGAUGAUGUCCUUCAGAGUGAACCCUCUUCUACAGGCUCCGAGACUCUGAGAACUAGUGAAAGCGACUCCGACGCCCCUGGAUUGGGCGAUGAAAGGCCUGUGCAGCUGGACACCAGAUCUCCUGAGGUGGACCGACGUGGGAUCCUUCGAGAUCUUCAAGUUCUUGAUGAGCAAAUAAUGGAGGAGCAGUUGAAACUGGAAGCGCUGCACUGCACUGAGACUGAGCCGCCGGGUCAUGUGACCACCCGCAGCUCCGAUAGGGAGAGGAGGAUGUUCCUGGCUCAGCUGGAGGAUGAGAGACGGGAGGUGGAGAAGAUGGAGAGAAGCCUGAGCAGAGAGAUGAAGGCGAGGAUGAGCUCAAGCAAAGGCCGCAGAGUGGUCAAGUGUUCGGUCAUGGAGAGGAACUCGAAGCUGAAAGAUCUGGACGGUGAGCUGCUGAGGAACUGCAGGCCCGAAUCAACCCGUCAAACACAGUGUGCCAGUCCAUCGCCUCCAGAUCGAGCUGAAGAUGCCAGUCUCUCAGACGCGAGUGUGACUCCAGAUCGAGCUGAAGAUGCCAGUCUCUCAGACGCGAGUGUGACUCCAGAUCGAGCUGAAGACGCGAGUUUGACUCCAGAUCGAGCUGAAGAUGCCAGUCUCUCAGACGUGAGCGUGACUCCAGAGCCUUUGAGUUCAACAAGCGGGUCUAUUCCCAACACGAGCUUGAGUGAGAUUGGGAUCGGAGGUCCUGCAGCUUCCGACUCAGAAUCCCUUCAGGAAGCCUCGUCUGGCCAAGGAGAGCCUUUUGUAUUAAGCGUUAUUUCUUCUCCUGAUCAGAAACUGGAAGAUAUGGACACCAGUGAAGGCUCAAGCGGCCAUUCUGAGCGUCCCGAGAGUGAGACGUCUUUCUGUGUCUGUACAGACGGUGGUGAUUCUGGUCAAGCUGAGCUAGAGGAGCUCGAGGCUAGUGAAGCGCAGCUGGAGGCUAGUGCUAAUGAAGAUGAGCUGGAGGCUAGUGCUAAUGAAGAUGAGCUGGAGGUUAGUGCUAGUGAAGAUGAGCUGGACGCUUGUGCUAGUGAAGGUCAGCUAGAGGCUACUGCUAGUGGAGCGACGCUGGAGGCUAGUGGAGCGCCCUUGACCCAGAACAGCGGUGCGGUGCGAGAUGCGUUUGAUCCCGGCGGUGUCCUGGUCGCUCCAGUGGCUGGACCGCGGAGGCCCGUUCCUCUCGACGGCCGCUCCGAGACACCGCCGCCAGCCUCUGAACACACACGAGCACCGGUGGAGUCGGCCACGCCCGCCGCCUGCGCACAGAGCACAUCUCAAAGCCUGUACAUGCAGAACAACAACAACAACACCGCAGUGCUGCGCCGCGGAGAGACCUGCGGCGCGGAGAUCCCAGAGAUUCAGGAGGACGCCGCCGCGGCCGGGCCGUGUGUGGGCCGUGAGGGUGGAGGCUCCACGAGAGCGGCCUGCAGAUCUGCACUCCAGCUGGACACACACAGACAGAUGAGUGAUUAUCAGACGGCCAUCGUGCUGGACAGCGGGUCGGGUCUGAUAAAGGCAGGGUUUGCAGACCAGGACCUUCCAACCACAGUGUUCCCCACGGUCAUCGGCCGGCCCAAAUAUGAGGAAGUGCUGAGCGGUAGCGUGGACCGGGCGGUCUACAUCGGGCACGAUGCGCAGCACAUGAGAGGAGUGCUGGCGCUGAAGUAUCCCAUCAGGAACGGCAUCGUGCGCAACUGGGAUGAGAUGGAGAUGAUCUGGGAUCAUGCGUUCCAGCGUCUGGCGGUGCGUCCCGAGGAUCACCCGGUGCUGCUGACCGAAGCCGCCAUGAACCCGCGGCAGAACCGGCAGCGCAUGGUGGAGCUGAUGUUCGAGGCCUUCAGCGUCCCGCUGGCGUUCGUGGCCCUGCAGGCGGUGCUGGCGCUCUACGCCUCGGGCCGCACCACCGGUGUGGUGCUGGACUCUGGAGACGGUGUCAGUCACAGUGUUCCCGUGUUCGAGGGUUACUGUCUCCCUCAUGCCGUGCAGCGCUUCAACCUCGCCGGAGCCGACGUCACCCUGCAGCUGCAGAAGCAGCUGCUGCUGGAGCAGGGUGUGUGUAUGCGCACGUCAGCGGAGCUGGAGAUCGUGCGUGAGAUGAAGGAGAGCAGCUGCUGUGUGGCUCUGGAUUAUGAAGCGGCGCUGGAGACUGCAGGAUCGGCCUCCUCAGAGGUUCAGUACACACUCCCCGACGGACGGCUCGUCUCGCUGGGCUCUGAACGCUUCCGGGCUCCUGAAAUCCUCUUCAGGCCGGAGCUGAUUGGACGAGAUCAUUAUGGGAUGCAGGAGAGCGUGUUCAGGUCCAUCAUGCAGUCGGACAUCGACCUCCGGCGCAGCUUCGUGGGAAACAUCCUCCUGUCAGGCGGGAACACGCUGCUGCCAGGCCUCCCGGAGCGGCUCCAGCAGGAGGUGUGUGGUGUGUGUGCGUCGGAUCUGAGUGUGUGUGUGCGGGUCGUCAGUCCUCCGGAGCGGGACUCGUCGGUGUGGAGCGGUGGGGCGGCGCUGGCCAGCAGAGCCGAGCUGAGCGGGGCCUGGAUCAGUGCGCAGGAGUACCAGGAGUUCGGCCCGCACAUCGUCUUCAGGAAGUGCUUCUGACGCACGUUUGCAGGGUGUAGUGUCUGAUCGUGCCAAUCUUCAGGCUUUUAGCACUCGUACGAGACCGUGUUUUAAUGCUUUUAAACUCUUCCCUUAUACUGGUUGCAUCAAUCAGAUCGUCCGUCUCUUUAACACAUGAAUUCUAAUCUAAUUAUGUAAAUUAAUGUGUUUUAUAUAUGUGUGUGUGUUUAACCUAUCUAUGAGAUAUGAAUGUUCUGAUGCUGUCCAUGAGGCUGAUGAUGCAACGCUCACAUGUGACCCGACGCGAGGAGCUUCGGUGUGUGUGUGACGCAUUUCCUCCAUAUGCAGUUUCUCUUUUCACCAUGUGUGUGUGUGUUGUGUGUUGUGUGUUUUGAUUGGUUUUAUCACUUCACGCAUCUUCCCUCUUGUGUUUUCACGUGUGUGUGUGUCUCAGAGAGACUGUCAUGGAUGGAUGUGGGUCUGAAGCGUCUCCCCUGAUGAACUCUGAGGUUUGCUCUCGUUCACCCUAAUGCGGUCAUGUGAUCAGCACUGUCAUGGCUGAAUGUUGCUCAAUGUGUUUACCUCCAAUCCCCGGCAUCAGUGUCUGUUAACUGGGUUAUGUCUGACCUUUUUACAAUAAAUAUAUCUUCUAAAGCA